CGGAUCAUUGGAAAUAACGGCAUGGUUGUUCAACCACUAUAUUAUAUUCGUGUAUGGCCACACCUUUGCUCCGCGCGAAUUCAAGGUGCAGAUCCCCAAGCAGCCCAGCCUCUGUUUUCGUCGGCCAGAACAGCUUCUACCGCUCAGUGUUAGACCAUGGCUGACCGAAGCGGCUCUAUUACCUCUGCGGAGGUUCGCACCCAGCUGGCGUAUGCGAAUAGAUGGCAAAGCGUCAUCAAAAACCCCAAAAUCUUCGUCAUAGCCUUUUUUGCCUCCUUCGGCGGUUUCGAAUAUGGCUACCAACAAGGCAUCCUCGGCCAAUCUCUGGUCAUGACGCGCUUCAAAGAUAACUUUCCCACGGUGGUGGCGUCUUCAAGUGCCACUGGCUGGCUCACUUCAGUGUUGCAAGUCGGUGGCAUUAUCGGUUCCCUUACAGCCGGUAUCUUCGGCGAGAUCUUCUCGAGGAAAUACACCAUGUUCUCAGCUUGCUGCUGGCUCAUCCUCGGGAGCUAUCUGUAUUGUGGUGCAUCAUAUCACAAACCACAAAUGCUUUACGCCGGACGCUUUUUUACUGGUCUUGGUGCUGGAACUUUUAGUGGCGUGGGGCCGCUGUACAACGCAGAACUGUCUGCUCCAGAACUUCGAGGUUUUACGGUGUCCUUUUAUCAAUUUGCAACUAUCCUGGGUAUCAUGAUAUCUUUUUGGGUUGGUUAUGGCAGCAACUACAUUGGUGGCCCCGAUGUUCACCAAUCUAACCUAGCGUGGCGGCUUCCAUCCAUCAUUCAAGGCAUCCCAGCUAUCUGCCUGGCUCUUGGUAUCUGGUGGCUACCGUUCUCGCCGCGCUGGUUGAUCAAACAAGGCCGUCACGACGAGGCCAUAAACACGCUGGCCUAUCUCAGGAAGCUACCGGCCGACAACAGCCUUGUGCUGGUGGAAUACAAGGAAAUUCAAGCAGAAUGUCUGUUUGAAGAGCGCGCCUUCGCAAAGGCAUUCCCGAAACUUGCGGAAAAAAGAAAAUCAAAUGUCUGGAUCCGUGAGCUUGCCCAAUACUAUAACAUUGUCCGCACGAAGGACAACUUUAUGCGCGUAUCCACCGCGUGGUUGGUCAUGUUCUUCCAGCAAUGGAGCGGCAUCGACGCCAUCAUUUACUACGCCUCCAACGUCUUCCAGAGUCUUGGGUUGACAGGCGGGACCCAGGCGCUCCUUGCAAGCGGUGUUCAAGGCUGUAUCUUCUUCAUCUUCACCAUACCAGCCAUGUUCAUGAUCGACAAAGUCGGCAGAAAGCCCAUGCUUAUUGUUGGCUCUUUUGUCAUGCUUUGCUGCAUGGUUAUAGCAGGCGUGAUCGUCGCAAAGUUCCGUCACGAUUGGAGCGAGCACGCAGCGGCAGGUUGGGUUGCCGUGGCCUUUAUUUGGCUCUACGUCGGCACUUUCGGCGCGACUUGGGGUCCUGUCUCUUGGACCUUGGUUUCGGAAAUUUUCCCGUUAUCGAUUCGAUCAAAGGGUGCCUCUAUUGGUGCUUCGAGUAAUUGGGUGAACAACUUCGCAAUUGCAUUCUUCGUGCCUCCAAUGUUGUCUGCAUGGGCAUGGGGCACGUAUAUUUUCUUUGCAGUGUUUCUCGGUGGUGGUAUUGCUUGGGUCUGGUUCUUCCUUCCCGAAACCAAAGGUGCGACGCUGGAAGAAAUGGAUCGCAUCUUCAAAAGCCGCCUUGGAGCCGAGGACGCAGAAAUGCUUGCUCAAGCACAGAGAGACGUUGGCUUGACGCAAGCUCUGGAAGAGAGUGCCGCUCAGGUUGUUGAGAAGGCGCAUAAAGUUGAGCACAUAGGUGCGGGUCUAGACAAAGUUUGAAGUGGUCAACUGAGGAGAAAGUACGCUUGACGCCGCUAUGGUUCGGUUUGUACAGUGAAUAGCCGAUUGCAUGCAGUCAAUUCUUUCUCAAUUCGAAUGAUGAGCGAGCAUGUAAUCAUAAGCUUUUGCGAGUACCAAGUUGCACUAUAUUGAUAGGAGAAACAAUGCCUUACGUUGCUUUAAACUAGCAAUUAAAAGCGUCAUUUCAUUUUAGAUCUCCUCUACAUAUUGAAAUUUGGUUCAAGUGUGCAAACAAUGGGAUUGUCUAGCUAAAAUUAUG